CACAGAUUCAAGGCCAAGAAUUAUCAAGAAAAUUAACCUACGCCUCUCUUGAAAAAUUACAAAGGCCAUGGCUAGAUACACGAGAUUUAUCAAUGGCUUCGUAUUCCGCGAUGACACUUUGGCAGAUAACGAUGAAGUUUGGAUAGAUUCUCAGAGUGGCCAAAUAAUCGACCCUAACGUACAUUGUCCACUGGCCGAAAACACCAACAUAAUUAACUUACAAGGCAAGAUCAUCUGUCCGGGAUUUAUUGACAUUCAAAUAAAUGGUGCAUUCGGUUUCGAUUUUGCUGGCCUCGACCCAAACAUGUCCGUCAUUGAAUUCAAACAAGGCUUGCACGCGACGAACCAGCGGCUCGUUACUACCGGCACAACGAGUUAUCUCCCAACUAUGACAAGCCAGUUUGAAAAAACAUAUCGCAAGAUUUUGCCUCUGCUAGGACCAACUGGUGCAUCUAGAGAUGCUGCGCUUGGUGCCGAGUCACUAGGCGCACAUACCGAAGGACCAUUUUUUGCGCAUACCAAGAAAGGAUGCCAUAGCCCAGAAGCGAUUCUCAGUCUUGGAAAUACAAGUCCUCCAAAGCUUCUUAAACAAGUGUAUGGAGAAGAAAACCUGUUUUCAUACGUCAAGAUGGUUACUCUGGCACCGGAGCGUGAAGGUGCUUUGGACUCUAUUCGAGAGCUGUCUCAAAACGGCAUCGUCGCAAGCAUCGGCCACACAGCAGCAACAUACCAAGAAGCGGUGGCGGGCAUCAUAGCAGGAUCCAAGGUCAUUACUCACUUGUACAAUGCCAUGAAUUCAAUGCAUCAUCGCGAACCCGGUUUAUUUGGCCUUGUGGCCUGCCCAAGAGACAAGGUAUUCAAAGAUCGGCCAGAUAUGUCCGAUGACGGUCGUCCCUACUAUGGGUUGAUCGCAGAUGGACUACAUGUACACCCUGCUGCAAUUCGGUUAGCCUGGGAGACUCAUCCUAGAGGGUUGAUCCUCAUUACAGAUGCAGUGAUGUUGAUGGGAUGCGAGGAUGGUGUACAUCAGUGGACCAAUGGGCAGAGAAUCGUAAAAAGAGGAUCUCUGCUGCAACUAGAAGGCCUUGAAACUAUUGCCGGGAGGUAAGUAUCAACUUACGAUAUAUGCAAUAAAACCGAACACCCCCAACUCGAUUGAUCGAUUAUUAAUAAUGCGGUAAAUAGUGUUACGCCGAUUCUUGAUUGCAUCAACAACUUUCUUUGCUGGACUGGUGCAUCUGUACAUGCGAGUCUACAAACUGUCACCACUCAUCCAGCCGCUCUUUUGGAGAUGAGUGAUCAUAAGGGGACUCUAUCUCCCGGGGCCGAUGCUGAUAUUGUAAUCCUGAGGCAGACAGCUACUGAGAACGGAUCGGCUAAGUUGGAGAUUGAACAGGUCUGGAAAUUCGGAACCAAGGUAUUUGAACUCUAGGGUUAUGCUCUCUGUAGAGUGAUAAUUGCAGCUGUGGUAGAUGUUAGUUGGUUUCUUUACAUAUAUAUGACAGAAUAAAUAGCUAGGCUUUUGAUGUUGAACGCGAUCCGAGGCAUUUUUCCGAC